AUGCAGUUUCUCGCUCUGUUCACCGUACUGAAGGCAGCCUGCGUGCUGCUUCUCUCCUCCCGGAUCUCCAGCUCAGCGGCGGCCAACAGCAGCGGACGGUGGUGGGGGAUUGUGAAUGUAGCAUCAUCCACCAACCUCCUCACCAAUAGCAAGAAUGUACAAUUAGCCCUGGACCCUAGCCUUGCUUUGCUAAACCGUCGACAGAGGAGGUUGAUUCGGCAAAACCCCGGCAUCCUCCAUGCCAUCGCAGCUGGUCUUCAUACGGCCAUCAAGGAGUGCAAGUGGCAGUUCCGCAACCGCCGGUGGAACUGUCCGACAUCCCACAGCCCUACGGUGUUUGGCAGAAUCAUCAACAGAGGCUGCCGAGAGACAGCAUUUGUGUUUGCUAUCACAAGUGCUGGUGUUACCCACGCUGUGGCACGUUCCUGUUCUGAAGGCUCAAUCGAGUCAUGCACCUGUGACUACCGGAGACGAGGGCCUGGGGGUCCAGACUGGCACUGGGGAGGUUGUAGCGACAAUGUUGACUUUGGCAGAAUGUUUACACGGGAGUUUGUUGACUCCAGUGAGAGGGGCCGAGACCUGCGAUACCUCAUUAACGUACACAAUAAUGAGGCAGGAAGAAUUACUGUUUCCUCAGAGAUGCGUCAGGAGUGUAAAUGUCAUGGGAUGUCAGGCUCCUGCACUAUUCGCACCUGCUGGAUGCGCCUGCCCAGCUUCAGAACAGUUGGAGACUUAUUAAAAGAUCGUUUUGAUGGUGCUUCCAGAGUGGUGUAUGCUAAUAAAGGCAGCAACCGAGCUUCUCAUCGAGCCGACCCUCGCCACCUGCAGCCUGAGAACCCUGCUCACAAACUCCCUUCUGUGAAAGAUCUUGUCUACUUUGAGAAAUCACCCAACUUCUGCUCCUACAACAGCAAAAUGGGCACGCUUGGCACAUCUGGGCGCACCUGCAACAGUUCUUCACCAGCGUUGGAUGGCUGCGAGUUGCUGUGCUGUGGGAGAGGUUAUAAGACCCGGAUUGAGAAGGUCACUGAGAGAUGUCACUGCACUUUCCACUGGUGCUGCCAUGUGAGCUGCCUCAACUGCACCAGUACACAGACACUUCACCAGUGCUUAUAA